CCCUUGUAGCAGCCGCAACCUUCCACUUAUACAACCCGCACAACGCUUAAUUACAACGCUUAAUCACAAUCUAAUUUCACACAAUGUUAACCACACAUACUGAUGGGAGGCCUGAUACUUGCCAGCACGCUGAGAUUCGCGUAGGCUGCUUGGCCUGUUGCGCAGAGGAUGCACAGGCUGAUCUUCGAGAGGCAAGCUCUCAGAAGUUAAAAUGUCUCGAGACAAUUAAGGGAUAUGAGGCAUAUCUUAGUCAAAACAGCGAGCUUCCAAAAGACCAGAAGCUCCUCUUCGACCAAAGACUUGUCAAAGAGAGAGAGCUUGGUACUGCAUGGGAUGAGCGCGUUACUCUACUUCAGGACAUAUCCCAAACUUUCGCAGAGGCAGUGAGAACUUUGUGUGCCAGUAACAACCAUGACAAUGGCUCUGCUGCUCUUGCUGAACAAUUCGAAGCUGAUGCUACUGAGAGGGCCUUUUCUCUAGAGUUGAUUUGGCGGGCUAGUGCGAGUCACGAGCCAGCUCUGGUUAAGUUUGCCCCGGAGGACCUAGGAUCUAAAACCAGUUUUACUGGUGUGGACCGCUCAAGCAUACAAGCGACACCGGACUGGAUCAUCGAUAAUGGUCUUGGUUUUUCCGUAUUCCUCAAGUCCACCAACGCGACGAGACGGCCAUCGCAGGGCCUUGGCCCACAACCAGGUCCGGCCACCAUGAGCUACGGCCGUGCUAUUUCUGAGUUUGGUCUGCCCGACCCGCCCGAAGCUGGUCCACAAGGUGCAGCUACAUCAAAUGAGCAGCUGUCGACAGAGGACGAAAUCGCUACUCAGUUUAGCGCAUGCCAUCUUGAUUCACAGAAGGCAGUCACUGAGAGCGAACUGCGGCUUGCGAGGGGUGACUUGGCUUCAACUGCGCCUAAAUUUAAAGAGGACAUCCUCUGGUCAAUGUUCGGAGCAGGCAAAUUCAUGACUUUUGCAGGCGUAAUCGUCCGCCAGUAUGCGAAGUUAGUGGCGCAAAGAAUUGCCGAAGAGAACCGCAAGAAGCAGGAGCAGGAGCAGAAAGGCGAGACACAAGAAGAGAGUUCGGCAGUAGUCGCCGCCGGUGCCUCAACAGGUCCCGCCACGGACAGCGAGACAGGCCUGCCUGUUGUUCAAGGACACGACUAUUAUGGGCUCACGAACUGGCUUUGCCGCUGUCUGAUCAACCACAAAGACUUCCUCCAUGUCACUCAACGAUGGGACAAAGAACGCAAUACACGCAACCAAAGGGUCGCAGCCAGGAUCAAGGAAUGGAGCCCACCAAUGAACUUCGAGGACGGGCGUUUAGGGCAACCUGAUCCGAAGAACUUCUACAACGGGAAGCCUCUUGGCGCAGUGGACCAAGCCAAGAUGGGCAUCAAGACCAAACUCACAAAACAUUAAGAAGGCACAGUCAGUUACAGUUGCUCUGGUCUUGCAACCCGUCGGCGAAUGAUUUCAGUCCCCCUCUUCUCUAUCUAUACACUGUCGGCGAAUGACUUCAGUCCUCCCCUCUCCCCUAUCUAUACACUGUUGGCGAACGACAUCAGUCCUCCCCUCUCCCCUAUCUAUACACUGUUGGCGAACGACAUCAGUCCUCCCCUCUCCCCUAUCUAUACACUG